GCCUGACUUGCAGGACACUAAGGCUUAGUAUCUGCAGAAGCCUUUUACCCAUCUCAUUUGGGCUAUGGGGACAACAUGUCUUCACCCAGGAACUUUAGAGCAGAUGCUGUGAAAGACUAUAAGAGAGAUGACUCUGUUACAGAAGACCUGAAUUUCAGGGAGACCUUGCCAUCGUCAAGCCAGAAAAAGACAUCGAAGGUUUUGAGAAAUGAAGCUAACUCAGAGAAGGUAAAAAAACUCCCUCUUCAGAAAAUCCCACAUGAUAAUUAUGAGUAUUUUUCUGAAGAGCCUUCAGAAAGUGAGAGUGAUCACAACAUUGCAGCUACUCCUGGCUCCUUCGGAAGAAACAGAUGGAGCAGUGAGGAUGGGGGGUCUGCAGGACCUUCGCAGACUGUCUCUCCUCAGCUUCCUGAUACACACAAAAUUGUUACUGAAGGGGAGCUAGAUCAAUUGGCUCAGAUUCGACCAUUAAUAUUCAAUUUUCAUGAGCAAUCAGCCAUCAAAGAUUGUUUGAAAAUGCUUGAGAAAAAAGUAGCAGAAUAUGGUAUCAUCCAGGAGUUUAUGGAUUUAGAAUUUAAGAAUCUGCCUGGUGAGUUCAUCUUUGGGAAUCAACGAAGCAACAAAGAGAAAAACAGAUACCGAGAUAUUCUUCCAUAUGAUUCGACACGCGUUCCUCUUGGAAAAGGCAAGGACUACAUCAAUGCUAGCUAUAUUAGAAUAGUCAAUUAUGAAGAAGAGUAUUUUUAUAUCGCUUCCCAAGGACCACUGCCAGGCACCGUAGAUGACUUUUGGCAAAUGGUUUUUGAAAAUAAUUCUAAUAUUAUUGCCAUGAUAACCAGAGAGAUAGAAGGUGGAAUUAUCAAAUGCUAUCAUUACUGGCCCACUUCUCCGAAGAAGCCUUUGGAAUUGAAAUGCUUCCGUAUCUUCCUGGAGAACUACCAGAUACUUCAGUAUUUCACCAUUCGAAUGUUUCAAAUUGUGGAGAAGUCCACCGGAACUAGUCACUUGGUAAAACACUUGCAGUUCACCAAGUGGCCAGACCAUGGCACUCCUGCCUCAGUAGACGGUUUCAUAAAGUACGUUCGUUAUGUGAGGAAGAGCCACCUUAUGGGACCCUUGGUUGUUCACUGCAGUGCUGGCGUAGGCCGGACGGGGGUGUUCCUGUGUGUGGAUGUCGUGUUCUGUGCCAUUGAAAAGAACUACUCAUUCGACAUUGUGGAUAUAGUGACCCAAAUGAGAGAACAGCGUCGUGGCAUGAUUCAAACGAAGGAGCAGUAUCACUUUUGUUAUGAAAUUGUGCUUAAAGUUCUUCAGAAACUUCUGACUUUGGACUAAGAAAGACUUCUGCUGCCUCUCACUUGAAAUUACCGCGUGGCUUUG